CAUAAUCUUAGAAAUCUGGUAUGUUUUUUUCCUUUGAGUGUAUGAAAAUUAGGGAACCAGAGAAAUUUUGAUAUAAACAUUUCUAACUCAUAAUGGCAAAAACACAAAAAGAGUUUGAGAAUUUUAUAUUAGAAAUGGAAUAAUGUGGUAGUAUUUAUUCAUGCAAUCAGGGAACAUUAUUGGUAUCAACUAAAUAUGAGGCUCUUUGCUAUAGCCUGAAGACAUAAUGAUUUGAAAAAAAAAAAAAAAAAAAGACAAGAUCCGUUCCUGAUGGAACUUAUAGUCAGCAAAUAGGCAAAGCACAUUUAAACCAGACAGUAACAAUGUGUACGGAUUAUGAAUACAGUAGGGUGGUGUAGGAGAGAGCAACUGAGUAAGGGUGAACUACUAUACAGUGAUUAGAAAAGCCCUCUUAGAGAAGCAUACAAAGUAAGACCAAAAGGAUAAGUAAGUACCUAGAUUGUGGUCUCUAAAUAUGUUUUAUCUCUGAAAGUUAUCAGAAUUCCUUGGAAAACUAGCUUACUGCAGAUAUGGAAUAGGAACUGUAAAGGGAAACAAAGAAAGUCUAUUGGGGUCAUGAUAUGGGAGCCGACUUGGAGGAGCUCCCACUGACCACCGGUGUAACAUUUGGAGCAUCAAGAGAAUCAUGGCUGCAAUCGAUUGAAACACACCCAUUAUUCAAAAUAUGGUAUCCAGAAGUUGGCUAGUCAGUAUCUGAAGAGAGAUUGGCCUGGAAUAAAAGCUGAUGAUCGGAAUGAUUACAGGAGCAUGUAUCCUGUUUGGAAAUCUUUUCUCGAGGGAACAAUGCAGGUAGCCCAGUCUCGGAUCAAUAUAUGUGAAAACUAUAAAAACUUUAUUUCUGAGCCUGCAAGGACAGUGAGAAGCCUAAAAGAACAGCAACUAAAAAGGUGUGUGGACCAGUUGACAAAGAUCCAAACUGAAUUGCAAGAGACAGUGAAAGAUUUAGCUAAAGGCAAAAAGAAGUACUUUGAGACUGAACAGAUGGCUCAUGCAGUACGAGAGAAAGCUGACAUCGAGGCAAAAUCUAAACUUAGUCUUUUUCAAUCAAGAAUCAGUUUACAGAAGGCAAGUGUAAAGUUAAAAGCCCGGCGAUCUGAGUGUAAUUCCAAAGCUACGCAUGCAAGGAAUGAUUAUCUUCUUACAUUAGCGGCAGCAAAUGCACACCAGGAUCGCUACUAUCAAACAGAUUUAGUUAACAUUAUGAAGCAUUGGCUGGGAUUCUCAGCAGUGUUGAAUAGAAGUGAUAAGAACAGAUGUCCUUGCCUUGUUCUGAGAUCUUUUGGGGAAAGGAAAGCUCUUGAUGGAAAUGUGUAUGACCACCUCAAGGAUUAUUUAAUAGCCUUCAGCCGGACUGAGCUAGAGACAUGCCAAGCUGUGCAGAACACAUUCCAGUUUUUAUUAGAAACCUCCAGCAAGGUGGUACGAGACUAUAAUCUUCAGCUGUUUUUACAAGAGAAUGCUGUAUUUCACAAACCCCAGCCCUUCCAGUUCCAGCCUUGUGACAGUGAUACUAGCCGACAAUUAGAAUCAGAAACUGGGACCACAGAGGAGCACAGUUUAAACAAAGAGGCUCGGAAAUGGGCCACACGUGUUGCACGGGAGCACAAAAAUAUUGUUCACCAACAACGGGUUCUAGAUGAUCUGGAAUGUCAUGGAGUUGCAGUAUCAGAACAAAGCCGAACAGAGUUGGAACAGAAAAUAGAUGAAGCUAGAGAAAAUAUUCGUAAAGCAGAGAUAAUUAAAUUGAAAGCUGAAGCCCGGCUGGACCUACUAAAGCAGAUUGGUGUUUCUGUGGACACAUGGCUAAAGAGUGCAAUGAACCAAGUGAUGGAAGAACUGGAAAAUGAGCGAUGGGCCCGCCUUCCUGCAGUGACGAAUAAUGGAACCUUACACUCGCUUAAUGCAGAUACCGAAAGAGAAGAAGGGGAAGAGUUUGAAGACAACAUGGAUGUUUUUGAUGACAGCAGUUCCAGCCCUUCUGGCACCUUAAGAAAUUAUCCACUCACCUGCAAAGUUGUUUAUUCCUAUAAGGCUUCUCAACCAGAUGAGUUGACCAUUGAGGAGCAUGAGGUGUUAGAAGUGAUUGAAGAUGGAGAUAUGGAAGACUGGGUAAAGGCUCGAAAUAAAGUCGGCCAAGUGGGUUACGUGCCAGAAAAGUACCUGCAGUUUCCCACCUCGAACAGUCUGCUGAGCAUGCUGCAGUCCUUGGCUGCUUUGGACAGUCGGUCACACACGUCCAGCAACUCCACGGAGGCCGAACUCGUUUCAGGCAGUCUCAACGGAGAUGCUAGUGUGUGUUUUGUGAAAGCACUUUAUGACUACGAGGGCCAGACAGGUGAUGAAUUAUCUUUUCCUGAGGGAGCAAUUAUCCGAAUCUUGAACAAAGAAAACCAGGAUGAUGAUGGCUUCUGGGAAGGGGAAUUCAAUGGACGGAUUGGAGUUUUCCCAUCGGUGCUAGUGGAAGAACUUUCAGCCUCAGAAAACGGUGACGCUCCAUGGAUGCGAGAUAUUCAGAUCUCUCCUUCCCCCAAGCCGCCCAGCUCGCUGCCUCCACUGCCGCUAUAUGACCAGCCUCCCAGUAGCCCUCACCCCAGCCCAGAUAAGAGGAGCUCCCAGUACUUCCCCCACUCUCCUUCAGCAAAUGAAAACAGCUUCCAUGCCGAGUCACCAGGAUUCUCACAGGCAUCCAGGCAUACUCCUGAGACCUCAUAUGGGAAACUGCGACCUGUCCGGGCAGCCCCCCCUCCACCUACACAGAACCACCGAAGGCCAGCAGAGAAGAUAGAGGAUGUGGAAAUCACACUGGUGUGAUGAUGGGUUUGCCCAUCCGUUACUGCUACAAUCAAGGCCAGGCUUGGAGUUUGGCCAGUCUUGUUUUUUAGGCACCUUUGCAUGAUGAUGACUCGAACAGAGCAAAAACAAGGAGGAUUAUAUGUGACUGGGUGGCCUGGUAGAGUCCUCCCUUGUUUAGAAUAUUUUGUGCCUUUUUUUGUUGUCAUUUUCUAUGUCAUCUCUCCUACUGCAGCACAAAUCCUGGGCCCUAGAAGCACAGAGGGGGACAGCCCUUUGCCUAACAGUGGCCCAUUUUUGUAUGAGACUCAAGACCAGGCCUCUUUCAGGGCACAGUCACAGAGAUACUGAUCAUGUGCGCUCGUACAGUAUAUUACUGUGGCCACAAGGAUGUGGCAAAGAUUCUCAUCUUUCUUCAAGUGGCUUUUGCUUAUCUGAUUGAGUUUAAUCAGAUCAUGUUGGCUACAUAAGGAAGCAGGAGGGAUUCCAGGAGAGGCUGGCUCCUCCCCACAGUUAGUCCCCAAACUGAGAAACUGAGACCUUAUUGGAAAAAAGUGGACUGCCCUGAGUUUAGCACCAAUUGCAUUAAUGCACAUCUCAUCCACAGCUAACAGAUUUAAAACAGUAACAGUGUCCUUUGUAUUAAUAUUUGUACCAUUCAUUUAGUAUUAGUGGAACUAACAUGGAGGGGCUGAACUAUUAGCCAAAUCUCAUCCGUCACAUAGACUAAUGGAAAGGAGGCUGCAGCUGAAGCAGAAGUGGAGCUUCCAGAUCUGAAAUGAGCCGAUUUAAUGUUCUUUUUAUAUUUGGGUAUUUUUCAUCUUAAUUUUUGCAGCAUAUACUAUUCUGACCAGUAUCCUUAGAAUCUGAAUGUCUAGAUAAACUGGGGACACAUACUUGCCUUGUCAAGCUUCUCUGCUGGGGAGGUCCCUAGCAUUAUUUUAUUCCCAAGCCAGUGCACUGGUCCAGGCAGCCGAGUUGUGACUGGCCCAGACCAGUGGCCACCCACCAUGUAAAAUGCAGCUUCUCAGGUCCCACUGACCUCACAUUUCCUUGGGAGGAACAACCUGUGGCUCUUGAAGGAAACCAGCUUCCUAUGAAGAAGGACUAAGGAUUGCACAGGUGCAAAUUGACAAGGAAAAGACAAGUUCUCCAUGUCACAGGAAGAGCCAGGAGUAGGCUUCUCUGCAGGCUAACAAACCCAUAGCAGCAGGUAUCCCAGAGUAGGCCUCUGGCAGCCCUCCACCUCCUAUGGAAGAUAGGGAGUGCAUUACUUAGGGGCUAAGGGGUAUUUGCCAGUUGCUUUUUUUUUUAAAGAAAUCAAAUUUGCAGAAUUUAAUCCAAAAGUUGUCUUACGCUUUGAAAACGCCAUCCCUCCUAAGAAUCUUUAAAAACUUGAAAUGCUCGCCAAAUGUCCCCAUGGGAUUUUUGACCAAAAGUAAGGUCAGAGCUGAAGAAAUUUUCAGUUAGUUUUUUGAUCACUUCAAUGACAGUACCCAUUGAUGAAUCUUCUCCAUGAUUUGAGGAUUUUUGGUUUUGUUUUUUGCAUUUCUUAACCUGUUGAUCUAUUUGAGGUCUUUUUGUGUUUAUCAAACUUAUUAUUAAGUUUAAAAACGAAAUUAAAAGGGUGGGUUUUUUUUUAAGAUUUUAAAGUUUGUUGACCAGUUAAAAAUCUUCAAAGUGCUGAAAUUGGGCAAUUCUUGCCACCCAGUCUUGUAUUCCCUCUUUAGCUAGCAAAAUUGUCCUUGAAUCUGGGUUUUCCACGUUCUCAAAGGGUUAUUUGAAAUCUUUUGUUAUAUUUUAAAAUAUUUUUUGGAAGAGCUGCUAAUUUUAUUUAAAAAAAAAAAACGUUGUAAAAAAGUAUGCCUCCUUUUUAAAAAGAACCCCUUCCUCCAGGACAUGUAAUCCAGCGUCACAGUACCCAGGGCUGGGCUCAGAGGAGGCGCCUCUGUGCAGAUGUGCUUUCUUAAAAGUGGCUGUAAAAACUUUGUAUUUAUUAUGUAUAAAAUGUUGAAUAAUAAAAAAAUGGAAUUAAGUUUUCUAAGUUCUCCUUAUAAAAAGAUUUGGGUAAACAGGCUUUUCCAAAUAGACAGUGCUUCUUAUAAAGACAUUCCUAGGCCCCCCUUUAAACCCUACAACAGAUACAGAGAGGGGGGAGUAAAUUAAUCCAUCCAUGGGACAAACAGUCCCUCGUGCCACCCACCUGCCAGGUGAAAUACCCUGAAUGCUACAGAUAGAAAUAAGUAAGUUUUGGUCUUUGUUCUCAAGGUUCUUGCCCAGUGGAGAAAAAAGGUGUACACGUGAGGACAGUACUGUGCGAGGUGCUGGAAGGGAGAGGCAGAGUGCACUGAGGGAGCUGAGGAGGGAGCUCUGAUUCUGUAGCUGAAAGGGUGAGAGGAGGGCCAUCGAGUCCCCUCAGAGGAUGUGACUGCUGGCUUCUAGGAAGUGGGCACUCUGGACUGCUCUGUCCUUCCCUAAACCUCCACCCUGAGGAGUAAUGAGUCAAGAGAAGGAGAUCUUAUUGGUCUCAGGGGUGGCUAGAGGAUUCCAGGUGAAAAGCUGAGUCCCUCUGGCUGCCAGCCAGGCCAGUGAGGACUAGAGCUCAGCCUGUUUGGGGAGGGGCCCCACAGCCCUCCUCUUCCAGAGCUGGACACGUGCUAUAUGUGUUCUUCCAGAUGUUUUCUGUGCAUGGAAUUCAC